AUGCAAACAGUGACCAGUGAGAAAUUAUUUCUAAUUAUUUCCGAUAGCUUUGCAAAUGAAAUUCUUGCUGACAUACAUUCGCUGCCCGUCAUACAUUCAGUGUUCAUUUUUUGUAAGACUCGAAAAUAUCAUGAACAUUUUAUAGACGAAUAUUCGAAAGUUAUUGACGUAGUUACGGCAUACAAAGCGUUAGUUAAAGCUAUUCAACGUAACAUUAAGCUAGUACGACAACAAAUGCUGGCUUUACGAUUUUUCGAUCAAAAACAGAAAUCAACAAAAGAUUUAUCACAAGAGUCAGCUUCAUUCUUUUGGUUCCAACUGCUAAUUGAUGUCAUCAAAAGAAUGUCACGUACAAAAAUUUCAUCCGCAGCUCAAGAAGAAAUGCUUCAAGCUUGUGAAGAUUAUUAUCGAACAAAUAAAUGUGAAUUGCAAAAAAUCGAGCAUUUUCGACAAACAUAUGUAGCUAAAAAUGCUCUUGAAUGGCAUACGAAAGACAGCUUCAUUUAUCGACUUUUGAAUAAAGCGCUCAGAACUGAUGACAUAGUCGGCUUAUUUUUAUUUCGAUUUUACAUAAUUGAUCUAUGCAGUCAACUCGAAGGCGAGAGUAGUCGACAAAAACCCUUCUUCCAUUCAUCCGCUCCUACUCUACUUUAUAGAGCUCAACGUAUAUCAAAUGAUGAAUUACAGAAGCUGAAAGAUAAUAUCGGAGUGCUGAUAUCGACGAACGGGUUUCUAUCCACCACUCGAGAUCGGGAUUUGGCUCUUGUGUUUGUCGCUGGUGUAGCUGAUACCGAGGAGCUAAAAACAGUCUUAUUUCAAAUCACAGCAAAAUCAAAUUUAACAACAGUUCAUUUCGCAGAUAUAACCAAGUAUAGUCACAUGAAAGAUGAAAAGGAAGUGUUGUUUAGUAUUAGUGCCGUAUUCAAGGUAAUGAAUGUAGCCUUUGAUAAUACAUUAAAAGUAUGGUUGAUCGAACUUGUAGCCACAGAUGAAGGGUCGAAUCAUGUUCAAGGCUAUUUUACUUUGUUAAAAAAUGAACUUGAGUGUACGAAUCCAGAACUUUUAUUUGGGCGUCUACUCAUUGAUAUGGGACACUUCGAAAAAGCUCACACGUAUUUUACAUUCAUGAAACAAAACCAAGGCUAUAACGUUGAUACAAUCGACACAAUCGACCAUCACCUUGGUCAUGUUUAUAAAGCAAGAGGCGACCUAGACUUAGCCUUAAAACAGUACUCGACUUCAUACCGAGGACGGGCCAGGAAAUCUAAUUUAGGAAAUCCGCAUAUAGCGGCAUCAUGGAAUAGUAUCGGAAACGUAUAUUAUUUGAAAGACGAUUAUCAACGUGCCACGUACUUUUAUGAUAAAGCAUUAAAAUUCUUUCAAGAAAUGUAUCCAAAGGGUCACGUAAAUAUUGCUCGGACUAUGAUUAAUGUGGCUUUGGUUUAUAAGGCUGAAAAUGACUAUCCUGCUUCACUUCAUCAUUUAGCUGAAGCACUUAAUAUCUACCAUAAAUUACUUCCAGAACAGCAUCCUUACACAGCUCUUACUCUUGGACAUAUUGCUGGCGUUCAUGUAAAGGAGAAAAGGUUCAAAACAGCCCUCGAGUACUAUCAUCAAGCAUUGCAAAUCGAAGAAUCCACCUUACCAGCGGAUCACCCGCAACUUCUUAGUACUAUCAUGAGUAUUACCGACACAUAUGAAUUAGAUAAUGAACAUGCAAUUGCACUCGACUUUUGUAGGAAAAAGCUAUCACUAAUACAACGAAUAUAUUUUGGUCCUAACGCUAAAGUUGUUCUAAUUCUAUUAAAAAUGGGUGAUAUUGAAAAGGACAAGGAGCAGCAAUUAAAAUAUUAUCAGCAAGCCUUAGAAAUAUUAGAAAAAUGUGUACCAAUUGAUAAACUAACUUUAGCAACUUGUUUGAUGAAACUGAGCGUUUUCUAUUUACAUGAGAAAGAAAUACCUGAUGUUGCAUUCAAGCACUUUACUCGAGCAUCAAAAUUACGCAGCGAGCUACUUUCGAAAGAUCAUCCAUCAAUCGGUGAAUUAUUACAUUACAUUGGUAAAGUUCAUUCAAGGACAAAAAACUACGAGGAAGCUUUGAAAUAUUUAGUUCAAGCUCUCUUGCUGUUUGAAACAAAGUUACGCCCAAAUAUUGACCAAGUGCAAAUGAUUCAACGAGAAAUCGAUCUAGUCAAAACAGCACUGAGCGGGGAUCGUCGCUUGAAGUAG